AUGUGGGACAGACUUCGGAUCACGCCCCAUCACUCGGGGAGGCAAGCCCCGAACCCCCUGGACGACAAUCGGAUACGUGUUGGCUUAGGUCUAAGCUACGGAAACAUGAGCACGGCGAAGGGAUACAGUUAUUCCAUCAAGGGCGGCCCGGCUCCACCGCGGCCUCCAAGAGAGUUUUUUGCAUCGCGUUUCGAAACCGCUCCCCGUGUGCAAAGUCGCAUCACAGUCCGCACCUCGAAUUUUCGCCCAGCCUCCUCUGUUUACCCAGAGGAGGACUCAUCCCCAGAGGAGAUAUCACCACCGUUUGAACCAAAUUACGCAGCAACCGUGGCGACCAGGUACGACUAUCGGUACCGGGGGGCCGAUGAAAUCUCCCCGCCCAGCUCUCCGGAGCCCGACGACCGGGGCGCCGAUCGCUUCCUGCCGGGCGACGUCUCCCCGAUCGACGAAGAUGACGCGCCAGUCUACCCUCGACAUGUGGGAAUUCCCAACACCGACAACCUGAGAAGUAACAGUUCAAAUUGGACACACGCAUCGGAGCAAUAUCCGAGGACCCAGAGUCCUCCGCAAAACCGAGGCGCAACCAGCAUUCCCAUGCUGCGCCGAGAGCGCCGGAAACAAUCAGAAGCGGGGCGCGACGCGAACCCGGCCCAACGCGGACCUAACCAGCAGCAAUCCCGGAACCCACCCGGCCGUGAAGCGCCCCGGUGGGAUCCACUGAUGGGCGAGCAGACAAGUAACGCUCCGGGCCGGCCGUCGCAGGUUCAGGCAGCUGAACAGCCAGCUGAGUUCGCCCAGGGGUUGGGCAUUACGGCGCAUGCAUGGGCAUCGCCGCAGAACAGCCCAAGUACGGCGGCGCCUUCUUUCGGUGAUCGGGUGCGGAGAAUAGCAAAGAAGGCCGCGGCUGCCAGGGAGAUUAACACGGACCCUGCCGCCAGCGCAUUCACGUCGUCGUCGCGCCCCGGCUGGCGCGGGGCAAGCGGACGAACUGCCAUUGUCGACCCGGUCCACGACACUCGCGAAGUCCCGCCCCUGAAGAUUCCCGAGAAGAGCGCUAGGAGGAAUCUCCCUCCUGCGGCAAGUUCCAAGUCCAAUAACACGCAAGAUGGCCAGACCCUGCGUGGCCAAACUCCGCCUAUCAGCCCUCCAUCUGAGACGCAGGCCAGGCCUGCGCCACUAGAGGCCAUAAGGAGAAUGCUACCCAUAUCCAACCCCGCAGCAGCCACACCGAUUCAGUCCCAGACAGCUUCGAGAUACCCAAGCCCUCCGUUAUCCGGAAAUCCAGGGUUAGGUGAUGCGCCAAGUCUUGCUGCUAGGGAGCUGGCACGGGACGGUCUUUACGGACCCGGCGGUCUUCCCAGCCCAACUCUCAACACCCACGCGCCGGAAUCCUCGAACGCGAUCCGCCGCAAGCCACCACCAGUGCACACAAACCAUCACCACCAACCAUCUGGUGUAUCGUCAAUAUACUCUCAGCAGACCGACGCACCGCAGCCGUCGCCCCAGCACAUCCCGGACACGGCCCGGCCGCCGGUCCUUGAUGAGGAACCAUACGUGCAGCCCCCCUCCAGAUUCAGCUUCAGUACCUACGCGACAAGCAAAACGGGCACAACCCGAGAUGACGACGUUGUAGACAACGAGCAGCCGCCCGUCCCGUCCGUACCAGCCGGCUACCAACCACAGCCUCCCAAAGGCCGCGCCUCCUCCGACUACAGCCUCAUAACCUCUCCGAUCGAUCAAUUCAUGACAUCCCCCUUCCACGCCGCCGAACCCUCCUAUGUCACCACCCCGAAGCCAGCCCCCACCAGCGCGCCCAACCCCGCAGUAGCCCGCGCGCAAGCCCUCGCAGUGGACCGCCCUUCCUCCCGCGCCUCGGCUUCGGACAUGAACAAAGACCUACCGCCCGCACCGCCAGAGCAGUCAGCAAGUGAGGCCCAGGACAGAGUGAGGCUGCUCAACGCGCAGCUUAGUGCGCUCGCCAACCGGCGUAUCAACAUCGACCGGUCGAUCAAACAGAUGACGGAGCUAAUGCCGACCGACAAACUGCUCAACAGCGCCGAGGUGGUGCGCAAGCGCGAGGCUGAGAAGAAAAAGGUCGAGGCGCUGCAGCAGGAGCUGGCCGACGUCCGGCGGGAGGAGUACGAACUGGGCUUGAAGUUGCAUCGGGCGUACAAGAGGCAGGAUCGCGAGGCGGAGUGGGAGCCGACUACGCUGUGGGUGAGGAGAGUUACUGGUUGAGUCUUUUUGAGGGUGGGGUGAGGGGAUCGUGUGGUGUGACUAAGGGGUAGCGGAAAUGACCGGGGGCGGGGGGGAGAUCCAGUGAAUGUUUUAAAGUCGUCAUGAUGGUCAGGGAAGGGAGAGAGGUUGGUUGUCUAGGAUGAUGUUGGUUUCUGAGCGAUGGAGUUGUCGGUGCAUUAGGGCUUGACUUUUUCUUCAACCGCCCAUUC